CUGCGUCUCGCGACAUUAAAGAAAGGUUCUAUCUAAACCAGUAAUGAUGAUCGAUAGCCUAUUAUUCUCAUGCUGGCAUGCCGGUCGCCGGACGAGUUUGUGUGUGGUGGGUAGAACAGUGUGUGUAUAUUAGGCAGCCAGCCGAAACAGGUACGCUAUCGGUCGGCACACUCAUCUAUUCAACCUCUGUCCCUAUGGCCACCAAUGAACCGAGUCAUCUGUUUUUCACCGCCAAGGACGACCCUCGCGAGGAUUGCAUCAUCAUAGGCUUUACAUACGGCUCUACAACAGCCUCGGGACAAGACAAACCGAUCUUCUUCCGCUUUACUACUGCAGAGAUCUCUCCUGGAGAGACCCGAACAACGGUCAUCCGAGACGAGGGACAGGUCGUCGCACAUCUUGAUUGGGAAGCCGAUGUCCACCUCGGGAUGGCCACGAUUGGAAACAAACAUCAGCCAAUGUCAUACAUGGUUAUCAGAAACCCGGCUAGCAACGGUAGGAUUUUCGAGGUGAAUGGGCGACAGUACGAAUGGCGAGAAGUUUUGGGGCAGAUCGAUUGUUACGAUUUAUUUCGUACCAGCCCUAUGCCUCAUGCUCAGAUUGCUAUAUUUCGCCGCGAGACGAGAGAUACGCCUGUCGGCCCGGCACACGCGGUGAUGCAGUAUAUCUUUGACGAUGACGUGCUUCUGCUGGAGGCUCUGGUGGAUGGCAUUGCGAGCGCCAGUCGCGUUAGCUUAAUGCUAUUUGCCUUUAGCCAGCGCGGAAGAUACAUCGCAUCGAUGGGCUACUGUGUCAUGCAGCAUGUUUAG